UCAUGUGCAGGAUGCUCGCCGCGCCGUCUCCAUGCAGGAGCUCAUGGGUCGCACGCUCGAGACCUCUGACAUCGGCCGCAAUGUGAUGGAGGAUAUCGCUCGCAUCCGGGCGGAACUGUCGGGCGCGCCGGCCGAGAACGAAGAGGCGAUAUCCAUGGAGAUACAGCCGACUGCCGGACCUGCCGACGCCGGACCUGCCGAAGCCGGUCCUGCCGAAGCAGGCCCUUCAUGCAAGGCCGGUCCUGCCGGUCCUGCCGAAGCAGGUCCAUCUCAUCGAACUGGGCUUGGACAAGGCAGUUCCUCAGCCCAGGCUGGCCCGUCAAAUCUGAAGAAGCGUACGGCAUUGGAGAGGGAGUCGACGUCUGCUCCUACCCCGGUGAAAAAGCGUAAGAGUAAGUAUAUGUAG